AUGAAGCUCCAGGUCACCAUUGUUUGCUGUCUAGUGUUUUUUCUGACCACAGAAUGUUUUCGCUUUGAACCCCCAAAAGAUAAAGAUGAACUUCAAAUACCUCCAUGGAAGCGUACAUCUAGUCGUAUACAAGAUAAAUGCAAUGGAUCUUGCAUCUCGCCUUCCAACUGUAACCAGAGCUGUGAUCUGAAUUUCCAUGGAGAAAUAGUAUUCACUUGUAAUAAAAACAAAUGGCAAAAAACAAUUGAAACAUGCACAAGCCUCUCUGUGGACACCCUGUUUCAGAGCAUGAAUCCUGCACCUAGCCUUUCUGUGGCAUCAUCCUCUGUUUUUCCCAUGAACUUAGUAAGCGACACGGUGGUACCAGUCCGUACCGGGAACGUAUUUCAGAGAAUCCACAAGUCCUGCCCUGAGGACUAUGUCUGCAUAGUUAAUGCUGUGAAAUCCUCUGAAGUUACAUCUGGAAAUAUUGCAUUCAUAGUAGAUGUAUUAAAAAAUAUCUCUGCAGGCUUGCAAACCUAUAAUGGAAUACAUGGCGAUGUGACUCGCGAGAAAAUGAAGAACUAUGGAAAAAUGGCCAACCACAUCCUUAACGAGAAUGCCAUUUCAAAUUGGACUUUUAUUCCUAAUAAAAAUGCCAGCUCAGAACUGUUGGAGUCAGUGAACUCCUUUGCCAAGAGACUCCAAAUCCUCGGUGAAUCUGAGGACAUUGUAAACGAAACCUUCAUUCAAUCAAAAGGUGCUCGCAUCUCUCACAGUACCUCAGAGAACAGUUUCAACCUCUCCAUGCCUGUGCACAAUGACAAAGAAGAUGUCUUAGUAAUGAUAGCAAUUCCCAGACAAGCACUACGAGAGCUGCCGUCCCAUGCCUCCCAAGUCAUUGCCAUAGCUUUUCCAACCUUGGGAACCAUUCUGAAAGAAGUCCAUGGGCUGAAUACAAAUCUCUCAAAGCCCGUAAGUGGUCUGAUCCUGUCUCUGGUUUUGCCAGAAGAUCUGAAAGAAGUCAUACUCACCUUUGAAAAAAUCAAUAGAUCCCAGAGCACUAGUAUCCAGUGUGUCCGCUGGCACUCUGAGAAAAGGCAGUGGGAUGAGAGCCCAUGUAAUACACUGUUGGAGACCAAUGGCACGGUGAAGUGCCUCUGUAACUACAGCAGAGCUUCGAUGUCUUUCUCCCUUCUCAUGUCAUCCAAACCUGUGAAGGACAAGGCUCUGAACUAUAUCACUUUCAUUGGACUCAGUGUCUCCAUCUUUAGCUUGGUGCUCUGCCUGGCCAUCGAAGCUGUGGUUUGGUCCCGGGUGGUUGUAACAGAGAUAUCAUACAUGCGCCAUGUGUGCAUCGUGAACAUUGCGGCGUCCCUCCUGACUGCGAACGUGUGGUUCAUCAUUGGCUCCAGUGCAAAUGUCCAGGAGGACCACAAGUGGUGUGUGGCUGUGACGUUUUUCAGCCACUUUUUUUUCCUCUCUCUGUUCUUCUGGAUGCUCUUCAAAGCGCUGCUCAUAGUCUAUGGAAUACUGGUUGUCUUCCGAAGGAUGAUGAAGUCUCGUAUGAUGGCCAUUGGCUUUGUCGUCGGCUAUGGGUGUCCCCUGGUGAUUGCUGUCGUUACAGUUACUGUCACAGAGCCCGGGGAAGGCUACAUCAGAAAAGAUGCCUGCUGGCUUAACUGGAACCAGACCAAAGCCCUUUUUGCAUUUGCCAUCCCAGCCUUGGCCAUUGUGGCUGUGAAUUUCCUUGUGGUGCUGGCAGUUGCUGUGAACACACAGAGGCCUCUGAUUGGCAGUUCAAAAUCUCAGGACAUGGCCAUAGUUAUCAGGAUCAGCAAAAACGUUGCCAUCCUCACCCCGCUGCUAGGACUGACCUGGGGUUUUGGUCUAGCAACCUUGCUAGAAGGCACACACCUGGUGUUCCAUGUAAUCUUUGCCUUGCUCAAUGCUUUCCAGGGCUUCUUCAUCUUGCUGUUUGGCACGAUUAUGGAUCACAAGAUAAGGGAUGCUCUGAGGAUGAGAGUGUCUUCACUGAAGGGGAAGUCAAGGGCAGUAGAGAAAGCAUCCUUAAGCCCAGCCAAUGGAUCCAAAGUGCUGAACCGCUGA